AUGGCUGGAUCUGGAGGAGGAGAAUUCAGAGCGCCAAUCUUCAAUGGCGAGAAUUUUGAUUUCUGGCAAAUCAAAAUGAAGACCAUUUUCCGUUUGCAUGAGCUGUGGGAUCUUGUGGAAAAUGAGUACAAAACUCCGAUGAUGAAGGAGGAAGAACUCACGGAGGCAGAGAGGAAACUGCUGCGUGAGCAUGUGGUUAAGGAUGCUAGAGCAUUGGGCAUCAUCCAAGGUGCCGUUUCAGACCAGAUUUUUCCUAGAAUUGCAACCCAGGAAAAUGCAAAGGCUGCGUGGGACAUUCUGAAACAAGAAUUUGUUGGUGAUAAGCAACUGUUUGAUUUGAUUAAUCAAAUGAGGAGCUAUGGUGAGGAUCUGAGCAAUCAACGAGUUGUUCAGAAUCUCCUCAUUAGCCUGCCUAAAUCCUAUGAUGGUAUUGCAGUUGUGAUAGAAAAUACUAAAGAUUUAGACAUUAUCGAUGCUCAGGAUGUGGUUGCCAUCUUAAAGGGAUAUGAGCAGAGGCUUGAUAGGCAUGGUGGCAAUAACAUGGAGCAAGCAUUUGCUAGCUUCAACAAUGGAUCAAAACCAACUCGGUUUAAUGGUCAAACAAGUAAAUCUCAUAAAAAUGUCAACAAGGCUGAUGGGAGUAAUAAGACUAAUUCCUUUGCGAAGAAUGAGGCACACAACACUAGGAAUAAAUGCAAAUUUUGUGAUAAACUGCACUAUGGGGAGUGCUGGGUUAAGAACAAAGUCAAGUGUCACAAGUGUGGCAAAAUUGGGCAUAUUGCAAAAUAUUGUCAUACAAACAAGGCUGUGCAGCAGUUGAACUUUGCUAAUCAUGUUGAAGAAAUUGGAAAUUUAUUCUUUGCUAAUCACUCUGGAGAAGUAAAGAAGAUAAGUGAUGAAUGGUACAUAGAUAGUGGAUGUAGCAAUCAUAUGACAUCCAGGGAAGACUUGCUUGUAGACAUUGACUGA